AUGUGGCCAUUUGUAACCAGGUAUCCUGAACUUCUGCCCUCCAGAGUACAGCAGGAAUACGACUACAUUGUAGUCGGUGGUGGCACUGCGGGCUGUGUCCUGGCGCGGCGUCUUGCCGAAGAGCGCAACUCAAGUGUCCUGCUCAUCGAGCGUGGCGAUACCAGGGAUAAUUGGCUCGACAAGUCGCCGCUGUUCUCAACGCACCAGUUCUCUGACAAGAAGCACAGCGUCGUGCUGCAGAGCCGGUUACGCGGCGACGCGACAACUGAUAUCGUCACGGGCAGGGGACUCGGUGGGACGUCUAGGAUCAAUGGCAUGCAUUAUACUCGAGGUGUGCCUGGAGAUUACAACGCCUGGGCAGAGAGUGGACGCCAAGGGUGGAGCUAUGAGGAACUCAAGCCAUAUUUCGAGAGAGCUGAAGGACAUUGGAGUCCCGCUCCGCCUCCAAAUUUCAAAUUUGAGGCAUCUCGAGAGAUUGCUCACGCAGCCGAGAAACUUGGCUUCGCCAUCUGCAACGACGUGAACGACGCACGUCUGCCAACAUCAGGAUGUUUCCUCUUGCACCUGACAACCGCACAGGACGGCUACCGCAGUAGCACCUUCCGAGCCUAUCUCCCCAAACACUUUGUCCUCGCCCAUCGUGAUAAUCUGCACAUCUGUACGAAGACGAUUGCAUGCAAGGUCGAGGUCGAGCAGUCAGCCACCGGUACACUUAGAGCGACUGGCGUCGUCCUGCAGGAGGCAAAGCCUGGGUCGUCCACGCGAUUCGUGGCCGCCAGAAAGGAGGUCGUGCUGUGCUGUGGUGCAAUCACAACGCCGCAGCUGCUGAUGCUCAGUGGCAUUGGCCCAGCAAACCAUUUGCAACAAGUCGGCGUCCCGGUGGUACACGAGCUCGAUGGUGUCGGCUCCAACCUUCAAGACCACAUGGGUACGCCGCUCUAUUACUAUGCGCCGAUCUGGGACACUUGGAUCGCGCCCUUCUUGAGGCCAUGGUGGCUCCUAUGGCAGCUCCUCCGUUUCCUCAUCCUCGGUGACGGUUGGCUGCGCGACCACUAUAUGGAGUCGAGCGUGUACACCCGUGCCGACUACCUCGACGAGGACAUGAGACAGAAGGUACUUGACGAGCAGCAGCGAGACGCAACGCGGCCAGAUAAUGUGCCUGAUAUUGAGAUCAUGACGGUGCUCUGCGACUUCACCUACCCCGACUACGACAAGUCCAAGGGAGGCUACACCAUGCUCGCCACUGCCCUCCGCCCACACUCCCGAGGGACCGUGCGGCUGCGCUCCUCAGAUUCGCUCGACCCGCCUCUUAUAGACCUUGACUUCCUGAGCGCGCCCGCCGAUCGUAAGACAUUGCGCACGGCAGUGCGGCUCUGCAUGCGAAUCGCAGGCACAAUGCGCGCAGGCGGGUAC